UAUUAAUAAUCCUUCUAUUGCAUCGAAAAUUCAAGAAAAUUUGAAAAUCCCUCCUUUGCAUGCAUUAAUAUAUGCAUUGUCUAAGUACUUUCCAAGUCAGAAAGAUCACGUAAAAUCAAGAAGCACUUUGAAUGAUCGGUAACUUCUUCUUCUAAUACUGUGUUUGUAUGCAUCUUCCUCUACUCCUUUUUCAUGUGACCUUCUUUGUCACACAUGGACACCCCUCUCUAUAUAACUACACACUCUUGCCUGUGAUUUGCUUCAAUAUACCUAUACUACGUCUCUUCUUUAUCCAUUUAUAUAUAAUACCCUUUUCGUUAUACUUCUAUUCUACUUCUUCACCAUAUUUUUCCAAUUCAUAUAUAAUACUCCAAAGCCAUAACAAAGCCAUGAAAGGUUCUGUUUUUGUUGCUCUAUUAGUCAUUGCUCUUCUUCUUCUUCUUCCUGCCGUCAUAUCUGGAAGGCACAUUGGCAGACAGCGGACUCGUCAUGGGCAUCACCGUUCUGCACAGGCUAGGACAAGAGACGGAGUAACUGUAGCGAAUCCAAAUUUUUACAGGGAAAUAAGGGCGACAAAGAGAAGGGGACCAGAUACAGUUGAAAUAGCAGGAUCGAGCUUGCCUGAUUGUUCUCAUGCAUGUGGGUCAUGCUCGCCAUGUAGACUGGUUAUGGUCAGCUUUGUUUGUGCAUCACUUGAAGAGGCUGAGACUUGUCCUAUGGCUUAUAAAUGCAUGUGCAGAAACAAGUCUUAUCCUGUACCAUGAACUUCAAUUUUUCUUUUUUUUUUUUAUUAGGUUUAGCUUAUUUUAACUAACUAGGACUAAUUAUCAGGAGAGUUCAUGCUUUUCUUUUCUUUUUUCUUUGCCAACUUUACAUUGUAUUCUAGGCUUGCCUUUCCUUGUGUAAUCAGAGAGUUUUCUUCAUCAUUUUGAUCAUCAUCAACAGUUUAAGAAAAGUUAAAGUUC